AUGAAUGAUACCGGAAGUUCAUGGCCAACCGACUACUUCCGGGAAAAUGAAAUGGUCAUUGAUGUCCUUCGCCCUGGCAGAAGACAGAAAAUUGUGGAAAAACUAGCCACAAUGUACCAGACCACACCAGAUGUCACUUUUGCGUUUGGAUUUAGAACCCAUUUUGUUGGCAGCAAGACGACUGGCUUCGGCGUGACCGAUGAUUCUUUGGGUUCUGCAAAGACAAAGGAACGUAGAUGCAGACUUGCAAGACACGGUCUGUGUGCGAGACAGAGACGCCACGCAAACAGCACAAGGAGCAAGAACAGGAGAAGAGUCGGGACUGCGAAGGCCAGUGUCGGAGCUGGCAGGAAGUGA